UAUAGGUCUCAAAGAGAGUGGUUUGUUUAUUGAAAUUUAUGUUGCGAGUAACAUUCGAGAUAACUUGAGAACAGAUUUUGCAAAGUGUCUGCUAUAUAUUUUAUUGACAGCCCAUAUCACACCAUGGAUUGAGAAUAUUGUGAUUAAGACUGGAUUGAAAUAAUAAAGAAUAAUAAAGAAAACUAAUCUGAAGUUUAGUGAACUUUGCUCCGUUCGAUCAAAUUUCAAUUCAAAUCCGUCUGAUACAGACUUAACAGAAUGUGAGGAUAGAUUGAUCGCAGAAAUCCAGUAGAAUCUGCCAUUUCUUACUAUUUAAAUGAUCUACUCAACUUAAGUGAUUACAAAAUUACGGAUUCAGUUCGAUUUCACUUAACAAUCUGUUGUUAGAUAGGAUCCGUUUUUUCUAUUGCUGACUGUGCUAGUUCAGAGUUUAUCUUUUUCCUUUCAAUGCAGAGUAAGAAAGAUGAACUCUGAACUAGUGUCAGUUCAGCAAUAGAAAACAGACCCCAUUACGUCAACAGAUUCUAUUGGCAGAACACAAGCUUAAUGCACCAGUUGAUGCCAAUCUGUUGUAAUAAUCUGUUAGCGCGUUGCUAACACUUUGUUUGCUGGAAUGAAGUUAACUAAUUGUGUAAACAUCCAAAGUGUUGAACAGUUUGCGCUCAAUAGUUGUUCCACGAUUCCACCGGCGAUGAGUGAAGAAACUAAUGAAGUAUCCUAUUUGAGCUGUGAUAUAAAUGGCACAAGGUAUAUUUACAAACUCGCACCCAUGGACAUUGCGAAAGACUCGGCGUCGAAUGAGGAGCAAAAUGCAGUCGACACUGUCAGGGGAACUGACAAUGAGUUGGACAAUGGAGACGAGCCGAUUUUGGUGUGUUUGAACGGACAGGUGUACGCGAUUAAAAAUGGAGUGAUUGAAGAAUUGGACGCCGACCAGCCUGUAGAACGGAUGAGUUGUCACGAAAAGACAAUCUUACUGUCGAAGAACGCGGAAAACGACGAAAGUGACUACGUCACCAAUGAGAGUAUGGUGAUCGGAAGUCCGUACAGACAGUCUGAGGAACAGUACGAGGCCGCUACAGAGGAAGCGGGAAAGGAUCUUGUUGUGGAGGACGACAACGUUAACGUCGACGAAUUCUUAGAAGUUGUGACCGCUUUCAAAUGCAAGAUGUGUACUUACCUGUCUCAGGACAAGAUGCAAUUGUUAGGUCACAUUCAAAAACUACAUUUAAAUUCUGCUAUCGCUACUAAACCAAAGGGAGAAUCUAAAGUGGAUGAAGUAAGAGUAGUUUAUAUGUGUGCGGAGUGUUCCAACUGCUUCCAUUCUUUUGAGGACUGUAGAGAACACAUGAUUAAUGAUCACCAGUUGACGGACAUUGCGAGUGACGAAGCUGGAAAGGAAAAUUUGACGGACCUGACGAAUCCUGGCUUGAUGACCGAGCACGAGAGCAACGAAGUGGAAAAAGGUCCAGUAAAAAUUUCAAAGACCUUAAAUUCUGAAUAUAUGCGUAAUAGAAAUAUGAUAGAGACAGCGGACAGAAAUGUGAAGUGUUUUUAUCAGGGCUGCCCGUACAAAUUCGCCUCGGAAGAAAUUAUGCAACAACAUAUUCUCUACCAUACAGAAUCUGCGACGGCAUUCAAAUGCAGCAUAUGUCGAGAUAUGAAGUUUACAAAGUGGCGCCAAUGUAGCUUGCAUUUAUGGAAAAAGCACCAAAUCGACAUAGGUUUGUUUACCUGCAAAAUUUGCGAGGCCUACAAAAGUGCUACCAUGGUGAAGCUCUUGACGCACAUGAGAGUGCACAGUGAUAGUCGUGACUACAAAUGUUCCGAUUGCAACAAAUGUUUCAAACAAGCUAGCCAGUUACGCAACCACCGUGUAAUGCAUUUAGAUCGCAAAACGUUAGAAGUAACUCGAUGGUACACCUCGAAGAAAUGCGAUAUGUGCGGUAAAACUUAUGCGAACUCGAAAUGUUUAAAGAAUCACAUUCAAGCUGUGCACUCCAAGCUACGUCCGUACGUUUGCAACGUUUGCGGUCAUGCUAGCGCUAGAAAGGCAAUGCUACAAAUGCAUUUGCGUCAGCACACGGGAGAUAAACCUUUCAGCUGCGAGAUUUGCGAAUACAAAACUGGAGAUCACAAUACCUUACGACGACAUGUUAUGCAACACACAGGAUUUCGACCGUACAAAUGCCCACAUUGUACAUAUACCUCAAUACAGAGCAGCAGUUAUAAGAAUCAUUUAAAAUCGAGGCAUCCUUUACUUUUGGGCUUAUUUACAUGCGAUCUGUGUCCUUUUAAAACGGUGAAAAAUGAAAGUUACAUCCAGCACUUAAAAGACCAUGAAAAGGGUUUAAUAAAAUCUAAUGUGCAGAAAAAAGAUAACGAGAAUGUCGAAGUCUUUCCCGGCAAUAUUGCAGCAGCGCAAUUAGUUUAUAGCUGUUUAGGUGCCUUUUCGAAAGAUGGAGAUACUUUAGAAGCUAAUUUGAUGUCUUCCUCAACGUCCGCUGAUGGUACUUCUCAAACAAUCACGAUACAAAUACCGUCGAAACAUCUUCAGGGUUCAUUAUCAUCAAGAGAUAGCUUAAAUAAAAAUGAUUCUAUUGAGCAAGAGGAUGACGAGACGAUGCAUUGCUUCUUAAAAAUUCCUAGAGAAGAGGAAGAAAGCAUAGACACUGGUGGUAUAACAAUACCUGCAGAACCUGAAGAAAAAAGUAUUAGAACCAUUGAUAUUGAAGAAACGAACAUAACUACCAGUGAUAUUGAAGAGACAAAUGUGACAAAUAUUGAUAUUGAUUCCUGAGAUUAUGCAAGUAAUACAUAAAAUAAUAAAUUAAUAUCGCAUAAUAAAAUGUCCUCCAAAAUACGUUCCUCCAAAACAAAUGACAUAAUAUUACAUGUUAUGAUGACAAACAAAUAAAGAUAAGCUAGCCAUGCGUUAUUUAAUAAUUGUGAUACUUUUGGAUGUAGAAAUAUUAUGGAAUGUAAAUUUAGAAAUAUUAUUUUCUAUCGUAAUUUUUACGAAAAAUUGUAAUUUCCAUUUGGAAUUAUUCUUGUUAAACAAAUUACAAACUUACUCAUUAUAUGACGUCAAUGUGCGAUAUGUAAAAAAUGUUUCAGAUCAUUAUUUUCUUGCUAUUUCAAAAACUUUAUUUUACCAUAAUAUUCGGUUUUUUUUUUCAUUUUGCGAUAAACAUUGCAAAUACAAAUUGUUCAUCAUAAAUAAAAUAAUUUUCAACACAUUGUUCCAUUUUUUUUAAAUUUCUAAAAUCUUAGCUAAUCAAAUUUUAGAUAUACCGUAAGGAAUACUCAAAGAUAUAUUUAUUAAUAAUUAAAAUUAUAUAUGUAUAUAUGGAAGAACGUACAUAAAAAAUGUAAGUUAAUAGAAUUUGGAAGUUGUAAAAUAUAAAUUACAUUAUCCUUCCAAGUAUAUCUUACAGUAUAGUUAAAAUACUGGAGAGAACUGAAGAGAAUUGUAUCACGAUUUUGGUUCUGACAAGUAAAAAUAACUGGAAAAAAAAAAAAAA